AUGAAUCAAGGAUCCAGUCAGGAGUCAAAUGACAGUUAUCAAGAGGCAAGCUGGAUGCUACGUGUUCUAGAGGAAUUCUCCGGUAUCAGCAAUAGAUUUAAAAUCGUGAUUGCAAGGGAACAAAUCAGCUCGAAUGACCUGAGCGAUGAUCUCUCAGCGCAUAUCUUCAUUGGCGCUGACCAUGACGGAAUGGUCAAGUUUGAAUCUGUAUCUGAUGGCGGGUACCAGAAAAUGAAGGAGCAAUUUGCUGCUAUGAUGAAGGAAAUGUUAAGCGAUACAGAGUGA